UUUCCCUUUUUAGUUCUUGGCAAUACAAGCAUCUUCAGGUUUUUGAAGAAAACUUGAGAAAUCAAUAGAUUUUGAUUUCCGCUUAAGAAAACUUAAGAGACCGGUUCAAUUGGGUGACGAAAAAAGGGAAGAAAAGAAAAAUAUUUGUAAACACACUGUACGUUUGAAGAAUUUGUUUUUACUUAUUGAGAUCAUUUGAUUGCUAAGGAAAUCGAGGAAAAGAAAACACAAAAACUAAUUAAGAGUUGUUUAUAAGAGAGAGGACUUAGAAAAAACAACUAAUAUUUUUGUUUAUGUAAUGGCUGUCAUGAAUAUCCUUUUGACUAAACAAAACAUAAUCAGUUUAUUUGCUUUACUGAGAAUGUAGCGUUUAUUGUGAUUAAUUUUGGGUUUUGGAGCAUAUAUUUGUGUCCUGAGCCGUAUCUAGAGUACAUUUUGGAGUUCCUACGGUGUUAGAAUAUUCUGUUACUCCAAUGCAUUGACAAUUAACAGACGUAAUUCUUUUUACCAUUGUUUGUGUAUAAUUAUGCAACUUAUAUGUUAUAACGUGACAGAUUGUUUUGCUUCCAAUGCAUCAACAUAUAUUAAAAAGAAAUAUUCAAAGAGGGCUGGAACUCAGUCGAAGCUGGGGGGCUAGGCCCUCACGCCCAUGUUAUAUUACUCGAAUGAAAAAUAUACAAUGGAGGAGACAAUCUACAUCAGGCCACAUAAGAAUUGGCAUUUUUGUUGGAAAAUAAUAAUGUUUUUUUUUUGCUGCUGUUUUUGCUGAUACGAAAUUUUUGACUCCUUUGAAAAUGAUCAUUUCUUCUAUCUACUACCAACAUCCAGCAAUGGCACACUCGCUCACAUUAUUGCUUUCAAGCCUCGUAUUGGCUAGACCAAUACGAAUUAGGUCUGAAAAAUAUUCUGACCAACCAGACAGUAAGAAUAUUCUGACAAACAUUCAGGACAAACAGUUUAUUGGAUUGCCUAGACCAACCAGACAGUAAGAAUAUUCUGACGAAGUAGGUCGUAGUUAAUUAUGAAGGGCAUUUAUAAUUCCUCCUAUUAGUUCUAUCUAACAAUUUUUAAUCUAUUUCUUAAUAACUUGACCUCAAUUCCUUGAGACUUAGAUAUCCUUCUUACCCAAACGUUUCAAUUUCUCAAUUGCUCAAGGGCAACCUUUGCAUAUACCAGAUGGAAGCUCUCAACGACUAGUUUUGUCGCAUUUUCAUUUUCCGACGAAGAAGUGUAUUGAAUAUGGCAUUAAAAUUUAAGGAUUAAAAUAUCUGGAGCGCCGAGUACUACGGAGCACCCCUUGGCAUUACAUGUGUAAGAGGCGACCUUGAUUUGCUUAAUCAAAGACAAGAGGGCUAAAAAAAAUAUUCUACCAUCAAAAGAAGACAAACACCUAAGAAUAUAUUAACAGAAGUUACAAGGACAGACUGACUUUAAAAACAAAGGCCAUGUUACAUAGAAGUCAGAAAGCAAAUCUGGAAGCUCAUCACCCAUGGCAGAAGCGGCAAAGAGGUAUGCGGUUGUCACAGGCUCGAAUCAGGGGAUUGGAUUCGGAACAGUUAAGAAGUUGGCAGCAAAUGGGAUCAUGGUGGUGUUAACUGCUUUAGAUGAGAAAAUGGGUCUUGAAGCUAUUGAAAUUUUGAAAGAGUGUGGCCUCUCCGACCUUGUGGUUUUUCAUCAGCUUGAUGUAACGGAUCCUGCUAGUGUUGCUUCCCUAGCAAAUUUUGUCAAAACCCAAUUCGGGAAACUAGAUAUCUUGGUAAACAAUGCAGGGGUUAGAGGAACCAUUGUAGACCCUGAAGCUUUCAGAGCUGCUGUAGCUUCUGGUGUUGGUAGGGAUGGUGUAGGAGUCAAUUGGAGUGAAAUAAUGACUCAAACGUACGAGUUAGCUGAAGUUUGCGUGAGAACAAACUACUAUGGUUCCAAGAAAAUGACCAAAGCACUGCUUCCCCUCCUCCAGCUAUCUGAUUCACCAACAGUUGUCAGUCUUUCUUCUGGCAUGGGAUCGUUAAAGCAUAUCCCAAAUGGAUGGGCUAAAGGGUUGUUAAGUGAUGCCGAAAAACUCACAGAAGACAGAAUAGACGAGGUUUUGAGUGAGUUUCUAAAAGACUUCAAAGAAGAUAUGCUAGAAACCAGAGGGUGGCCUGCUUCCCUCUCGGCCUAUAUACUCUCAAAAGCAGCCAUAAACGCUUUCACGCGGAUCAUGGCCAAGCAGUACCCGAAUAUCUGCAUCAACUCUGUAAGCCCUGGAUUUGUCAAAACAGAUUUGAACUUCAAUACCGGAAUAUUAACAAUAGACGAAGGUGCUGAAAGUGUUGUGAGGCUAGCAAUGGUGACAAAUGGCAGCCCUUCUGGCCAUUACUUCUAUGAACAAGAAGUCUCACCCUUUUGAGGAUAAAAGAAUCUUUCAAUUUCAUGGACUAAAUAUCCUUUUUUUCUGUAUGCAAUGAUGAGAUAAUAAUCUUUGAAUUUUCUGUAUGCAAUGGCGGUACUUGUAUAACCCCAUUGUUGAAGGUAAAGAUACCAAGUGAAUACCUCUCCUUGUCUCUGUUAUGCUUCACUCAAUGAUGCCAAGCUUUUAUUCUGUCA